GCUCUGUUCUAUCAAUCGAGGGACGUGCUGGAACAAGUUGAACUACCAUGCUGUCUAGCUAAUGAAAGACUCUUCAUUUUUGACACAAGCCAACUGCUCGGUGGAAGGGGCGGGACAAGCUCUCGGGCUGACGCUGUAAACAAAACCAUGUUUCGAUAUCAGUCGGGCAAGAGAAACCGAAGCGAUAAAACAGACUAAUAAUAGAGGUUUGAGGGCAUGCUGAUGCUGACGACGUAACCCUGCGGCUGCGUUUUAAGGGGGAAAAAAAAACAAAGAGCGUUACUUUGCUUUGAAGGCCGAGAUGAAAAACAGGGCUUCUGACGGGAUUAGGAAGCAGAUCAGAGGUCCCAGUUUCACGGGAGACAAGAAAAUCAAGGUUGCAGCCAAGAACCAGAAGACGUGGGUGAGACUCGCGACCGUUUUCGCGUAUUUGCUCUGCGUGUCUCUAACUGCCGUGAUAUUGGUAAUUUACUAUACUUUGAUCUGGGAGCCGGUCCGGUCGAGGCCGGGACCUUCUAACGCCAAUCUAACUGCGGUUAAUACAGAACUCGGCAACUUUAGCUCCGGGCUUAAACGGAGAAGCAGCCUGCAAGAUUUCAACCAUCCCCGGCGACAGAGGAGCCAUUUAAGAGGCAAAGGCAGUCGGGCUGGCGAUCUGGUGAACCCGGGGGCUUGGAGGGCGAGCACGGAGGACGUCGCCAGCGCAGGGCAUCUGAAAGCUGCCCCCAGCCCGAGAGAAACCACGGACAGCGAAGGAUUCAUCUCUGUGGACAGAGAAAGCACCUGGACCGCAGAUAAAGGGUUAGAGUCCACAAUGGGUGGAGGAUUAAAAACCCCGGGCAGCGCCAAUCUUAGAGCCGUGGUGGGAAGAAGAGCGAGCACGAAAGGGCAAAGAUUCAGCACCCUGGACAGCGGCAGUCGCAGGGCGCCUGGCGGAUGGAGAGCGGACUCUUCAAGCGAAGAAACCAGCACCGCCGACAAUGGGGAGAACAGCGGCCGUUCUCCCACAGUCACCACCCUGCAGGGGUUCCAGGCAUCCGGCCUGGAAAAGGCAGCAGACGGUAGUUCUAAUGACCCCAGCGAAGCGGGCAAGUACAAAGCAGUAACUGUGGGCUCCAAACGGCGGACAAUCACCCCGUUCAGUACAGGGGAAUUGGCGCCCGCGCCCAGGGCACUGGCGCGGAGGGAAGGAGGUAUAAAAACUGCUACCCUCAGUAACACGCCCGUGAUGAAAGUGGACAGAACAAUGACAAAGGAAAUGGGGCGCAGGAUUUCUGUCAGGUCGCGUAAGAGCGAUACGGAGACCAUCCGAACCACCGCCACCUCGACAGCCGAGAACCGUAACGAAUUGCAGUCCGAAACAACCGAAAUUAAAAUGGAUGAAAAUGAUAUUGCGAUGUCUUCCGGCAGGUAUAACCGGCCUGAGAAUACCACGACCAGCCCUACAGAAAAACCAGCGCCGCUUAGCAGCGUCUCCUCAAGGGUGAGCAAUAAUGCUUCGAACCGUCUACACGCUCAUAAAUCCACCUCUAACAAUUUGACGGGGAUACCAGGGAGAGUUGAAAGGUUGCAGAUACCGCACACCACAACGAAGAAGGAAGGAGGUGAUGCUCCCAUUGACUUGGAUGGUGAUGGUCAACUGACAACCGCAAGCCCAGCAGGAACUGUUCUCCCCGCAUCAUUGCUAUCGUCACCUACGCCUACCCAUCCAGCAGAGGUGCGGACUAGCAGCAGGUCGGAUCACACCGGAACGUCUAACCUUGAACUUUACAAAGUCCUACAAACCCACAAAAAAUCCGAGGAACAGUCUUCACCCUCUUGGAAAGAAAGCCAAACCGAGGGGGAAAAUACAUAUGAAAAUACUGUAACUAACUCUAUACCUACAUUCCCAAUAACAUAACUUUACUUGGCAUAUUUUUCUACCAUAGGAUAAAGAUACUUUGCAAUAUAUUUUAAUUAUUUAGAACAAUAUAUAUUGCAAUAUAUUUUAGUUUAUAAUAAUCUUGCUAUUUCUCACUUUAGAGUCAAAGUUGAAUGUAAAGAAACCUUAUAGCGAUAAAAUUAAGAUAUGUAGCUUAUUUAACAAAAAUUUUUUGCGAUUAGUCGAUCAUUUUACAUGCUUCUUUUAAUGUAAGCAGGUUUAGAUGAAUAUCAUGCAUUGAAGUAUUGCAAAACUACAAGAUUAAAAUCCCACUUCCGUCUCAAAUCCUGUAUUUUAUUUUUUAUUUUUUGAAUUUCAAUAUCAUACUUACUAUAUGAGUUACCUCUGUGCGUUUGUCAGACUUUCUAGUUAUACUUGUUAAUCAGUAGUGGAAGAGAAUCAUCAUGAUUUACAGGAUAUAAUUUCUCUGUGACUUUCUUAGAUAAUAAUUUAUUGUAGGUGACUUACGUGAGACGGGGGACAGAGUUUAAAGUAGAAGUCUGUGUACUCUAGUCCAGAUGUACUCCGCCAUUCUCUCCACUUCAACUGGACCUGGUCUCGACUUUGCAUUAAUGAUAAGACUGAGUAAAGGAAGAUCUCUGUAUGCGACCAAGAUGUGACAAACUUCUACCGCGAAUAUAUUAGCUGUUUCAAUUUCACCGCAGUGAAUAACUACCACGACAUAUCUACACUGACUUACCCCAAUGAAGAACAUUUGAUUUUUGUUAAAUUUUGAAAUCUGCAAUAAGAACUGAGCAUAAAUAAUUCAGCUGCAAUACUUAAUAAGUUGUCACUCUGGAAAGAUUUUUAAAAUUAUAAUGUUGCAUCUUUGUUGGUUGCUUUAAAAUAUAUA